UGCUGCCUCCUGACAGCUAGCUAGCUGCCCGCCGCAGAGCUGAGCCGUUGGACCGCGGAGGGUUAUGUUUCUCGGAGCCAGAACCGUAGACGGAGCUUCGAGCACCACGGACUCAUGGCGGCCGAAAUUCAGCCCCAGCCGCAGGCUCGAAAGCCUUGUCUGCUGAGCAAAAUCGAGGCUUUCCAGGAGGUUGUGAGCACGGCGGUGAUCAUUCCCAAAGAAGACGGCGUUAUCAGCGUGUCUGAGGACAGGACGAUUCGGGUAUGGCUGAAGAGAGACAGCGGCCAGUACUGGCCCAGUGUCUACCACACAAUGCCAUCGUCAUGUUCCUGUAUGUCCUUCAACCCAGAGACCAGGAGGCUUUCUGUGGGGAUGGACACUGGAAGUAUCUGUGAGUUCGUCCUGUCAGAAGACUACAAUAAGAUGACUCCAGCACGCACCUACCAGGCCCACCAGGGCAGAGUGACCGUGGUGCUGUUUGUGUUGGAGAUGGAGUGGCUGCUGAGCACCAGCCAGGACAAAAACUUCACCUGGCACUGCUCAGAGAGCGGCCAGCAGCUGGGGACGUACCGCACCUCAGCCUGGGUCUCUGGACUACAGUUCGAUGUGGAGACCAGACACGCCUUCGUAGGCGACCAGUCAGGUCAGGUCACCAUCCUGAAGCUGGAGCAGGACAGCUGCAGCCUGGUCACCACCUUCAAAGGACACACCGGUAAUGUGACGGCGCUGUGUUGGGACCCAGGCCAGAGGGUGCUGUUCUCCGGAAGCUCAGACCACUCCAUCAUCAUGUGGGACAUCGGCGGGCGCAAAGGCACCGCUAUCGAACUGCAAGGACACAAUGACAAGGUCCAGGGUUUGUGCUACGCCUCACACACCCGUCAGCUCAUCUCCUGCAGCGCAGAUGGAGGCAUCGUCAUCUGGAACAUGGAUGUAACACGGCAAGAGACCCCAGAAUGGCUGGACAGUGACUCCUGUCAGAAGUGUGAGCAGCCUUUCUUCUGGAACUUCAAACAGAUGUGGGACAGCAAGAAGAUCGGCCUGCGACAGCACCACUGUAGGAAGUGCGGCCAGGCGGUGUGCGGCAAAUGCUCGUCCAAACGCUCCACCAUCCCCCUCAUGGGCUUCGAGUUCGAGGUGCGUGUGUGUGACAGCUGCCACGAGUCCAUCACCGACGAGGACCGAGCGCCCACGGCCACCUUCCACGACAGCAAGCACAGCAUUGUUUACAUGCAGUACGAGCCCACCACUGGAAAUCUGCUCACCUCUGGCACCGACAAGGUUAUCAAGCUGUGGGACAUGACUCCUGUGGUGUCCUGAGGUCUGUGGACAAACCAGCCAGCAGUCAGCAGGAAUCUCUGUUCGGCAAACUGUGAUGGUUUCGUGGCGGCAGUCGCGCUUGUGGGAGAAAGAGUGAAGGAUCUCCGGCGGUAUCGGUGUCAUCUGGAUAAUAUUUAACAGUUAUUCAACAACAGGCAGCGGCUGUUGCACAAUUACAGUGAGCGCACUGCGGGCCAGUGAAAAAUGAGAACUGUCCAGGCCUUGGUUAAAACAAGGUAACAGAGAGUCGUGUUUGCUUGUGUGAAGAGUGCUGAUAGGCUGUGUGGGAGGGGGGCUCUUUGUAUGUGUGUGUCUUUACUGUGUGGAAGAGGUGAAGGCAUUUGAAAGUCCUUGACACACCUUAUUUACUUAAUUUUCAUGCAUUCCUUGCCAAUUUUAUACUGAAAACCCACGAGUACCGUCAAAUCUGAACCUUUCAGAUGUGAAGCACCUCAUUAAACUGGACCUUAACGCACUGACAAACUCAAAUGUAUUUUGUUUUUUAGCAGGCUGCAGAUGCUCCACGUGAAGGAGCUGCUUGAUCAUUGACUGAUCAGAUUCAUGUUAGAGGUUAAUGUUUGCCUCAGCAGGCAAGAGAAGUAAAAACUGACACCUGAGCCACCUGCAAAUGUUUUCAGCUGCCUUUUAACAUUCUUUGUGUUAUUUUCUUUGUGUUAUAUUACAUUUAGCAGUGCAUGUUAUUGCCAAAAUCCCAAUGAGCACACUGACCUCCAGUAGGUCCUCUAACUGAUACCAAACAACAAAUCUUACAUUUUUAAUAAUUGUUUUUUUUAGGUGUAUUCAAACAGGCAAAAAACACAUAGCAGUAAAUAUUUUAAGCCCUGUGACGGUCAAACAGAGCCACAGUUUAGUUGCCUUAUGCUAUAUACUAUAUAAUAUUAACUGUUAAAAUAUUCAGCUGCAAACAUAGCCUCCUAACUGCCCUAAUUGUCUCCUGUUGCUUUCUUCUGCAUAUUUGUCCUGCAAACCUAUUUUCUUUUAUUUUCUUAAAUGUAUUUUUCAAUCUAUUGCAUUUUUACAAAUUUUUAUUUUGCUCUUUUCAACAUAAAUACUUUUUUUUCCUUAUAGGGCAGAUGUAAUGCAGUUAGGACUCUCCUUUUAAUAGUUGUUGACACAGGGUGGCACUCAGAAGUGUCUCCGAGCAGAGAGCAUGCUCACCAUGAGCUCCAACCAGUUAAAUAUUUAACAGGUUUAAAAUGUAUAAAACCUGCCAAACAAACACACCCAGCAGCCCCGGUUAAUAAAAAAAAAAGGAAAAGUGUAGUUGUCUCUUGCAGGUGGCUCUUGCGUUUACACUAGAUGUUGCCGUCUUGCCUGCAGAUGGCGCUCAUACCAUCAGUAAUCCUGGGUUCAGGUGCUUCACAUCGCUCACACUGUGUGUUCUUGUUAUCAUGCUCAAGAGGCAAAGAGAUCAUCUGCUUUCUAAAAAUAUUCCACUCUGACCCGUGUCAUCUGAGUAAGAGAACUUUUAACCACGUGACUCUGGGGAAACCGCUCGUGUAAUUUUCUGGAUGUCACCUAAUUAAGUGUCUUCACUCGAGUUCCACCUCGCGCCGACCACUCGGGGGAAGACGUGGCCUUUUGAGACGAGGCAGGGAACUAAAUUUAGGUAAGAGGGUUGUGGAAAGAAAAGAGAAAAAAAAAGACAGGGUAGUUCAUGUAAUUUUAAAACCACUCACUGUAGGUCAGGUGUGUAAACAUGGAGGCCUCUAAAAUUAGUUUGAAUGUGAGGCUGCUCUACUGGAAGCCACUGAUGUGGAUUCACAUAGUCCAGAAUAUUGGAUAUCAUGCAAAACCUACUCAGAUUGGUCUUUAAGGAGUUUUCAACGACAGAAAUAUGUCAGGCUAGAAUCUGGGGAAAUGUGUAGAAAUUGAUGCAGACGACAUCUAAAAAUUGAGAUUUGAAGCAGCAGCGCAGCUCCUUUGGUUUGAUGCGUGCACUCUCACAUAUCUUUAAUACAAUAUUUGUCAGUUUAAAUACAUUUUAAGCAGGACGUUAAACGCUUAAGAUGUUAGUCGAAUACAGGGGACACUGAUGGUUUUAAAAACUCUUGUUAUAUUUGUCUAAGCACACACAGUGUUUGUCUAAAUCCACAGGCGUGCAAAGUACACCUGUCCUGUUCUGUAAUCAGUCCCUUAACCAAUCAGACUGCUCGCUGAUCUUUUAAAAAAAUGUGUAUGUUUCCUUCAGUGGAGCAGUUUUAUCAUAUUAUUUAUUAUUAUUCUGUUCGUGUGAUUGAAAUGUUUUUGACAUGAAAAAGCACAUAUCAUCAAGCUAAUCAGUGGCAGCAGCAGCAGACAGCAGUGCUAUGACUGAAAGGAAACUAACAGCAGUUUGCUUUGAUUUGUUCUCAUUGUUACUGUUUUUUUUAAAAGUCUCAAUACUGUAUAAUGACGUUAUUGUCGAUGCACUGGAAUCAAGAAGCAAAAAUAUCUCAUAAACCGCUGCUGUGAAAAGACUUUUUAUAAUCACAUUUGUGCUUUAUGAUCAGAUCCUUAAUGUUCAAACCCCACUGAGUAUCAUCCAAAGCUAUUUGAUUUAUUUUUUUUUGGAUUAAAAAAAAUAAAAACUAAAAAAAAGAUUACAUUGAAGAUUUUCACCAACAAUGGAGAAAUAAAAACUUGUAGGCUUGACUGUUCUUCGAAAAAGUUUGUCUUGCACUUUCACAGCUACCCAGGAAGGUACAUAUCCAGCCCCUGGUGAAUAAAUGUGAGUCAGUGGGUACUAAGAGCUUAAAGGUCCAUACCAGUGUUUUUUUUUUUUAGCGCCGUUACUUCAAAUGAUGUACGUUUCAUUUUUGCUGCCUAGUUUAAACUGCAUGACAAGCCAAUGUAUUGUCACUCUGUGCUGAAAUGUAUGUGAGAUGAUGGCUGCCUGGAAGAAAAGUAAAAAAAUCCCAAAGAGCUGAGACGCAGCAGCUUGUUUUACAAAGUAGAUGCCGAAUAUCCUAUCAAGUGCAUGUGAUUGAAAUGGGCAAAAAUGUUCAAAAUCGCUGGUGUAGUCCUUUAAUAUAUAAAAACCCAGACUACACAGGAGAUACCAAGAUGUUCAAUAAACAAAAACUCACAAGAUGAGGUUAAAUCCAUCCGUGGCCAGUGCUCUAUUUUUCUGUUGCAGGAAAGAAAACAGGGAUUGUUGUGUGUUUCAGUGUCCAUUCAUGUAACUUUGUGUAUAAAUGACUAAUUAAAAGGGGAGGUGUUGGCCUCCUCCAUCAGA